AUGAAUGGGAGUGAUUUUGUUUUUGCAGAUGGGAUCUGGAUUUGGGUAAAGUGGGGGGCCAAAAUUUGUGGAAAGGGCAAAGUGUUGCGCGCCACUUCUGCUCGUGGGGCCUUCCUGUUGACCGCCGGAAUUCAUGUCUUCUUUUCUGAUUUUCGAUCUCUGUGUCUUACUGAUGAGGCAGAAUCAUUUCGUAGGCAACCUGCCGAGCUUGGGGGACCAUCCCCUUCAAUGACUGGUUGUGAGGUUGGACCAGGUACAAAAAAUGAAUCUAUAUCUGUGUACACAGUACAAAAGUUGCUAGUCGACGACCAAUAA